AUGGAAGAAACCUCCUCGCCCGCGGACUAUAUCACGUUCUGUUCCGGCGUCGGCAUCACCGACAUGGCCCAAUGCGAGGACGACGUGUACGGCAUGGGGGCCGGUUCCGGGUCCAUGUCCAGCGGGGGCUCCGCGUACGGAUCCGGCAGCGGGGCCGGGGGGGGGUCCGAAUUGUCGCAGGGGGGCUCCGCAUACGGAUAUGGCAGCGGGGCUGGUGGCGGGUCGAUGUCGAGCACCGCCAGCGGUGCCGGCAGCGGUUCGGGCGGAAUUGCCGGCGACACAGCGUCGGGCAGCGCGCUCGACAGCGCGUCGGAGGGGGUGACCGCCGAGUACGGCAGCGGCAACGGCAGCGGUGCCGGGAGCAUGUCGAGCAGCACGGCUACUGCCAGCGGAAGCGGGGACGCGAGCAGGGUGGCGGAAAUCGAAGGCUGCGACUGCGGCACGGCCGAGCUGGAACCGGCCUUCGCUGCCUACUUCUGCGAGAACGGGAAGUCCAUGUACUGUGACCUCGAGUGCAUGGACGGCUCGGACCCGUAUGACGCCCUGUUCCCCUCGAUGGGCGGCCUUUGGUGCCAGCCGGAAGGCUGGGAGGGGUGCCGCAUGUGCAAGUUCGACUGUACGGACUACGAGGGCGAUGGCUGCGUCCCUUGCCCGUCCGGGUUGAAGGACUGGUGUUAA